CUCUCCCUCCUCUCUCUCUCUCUCUCCUCAUCAUCAUAAAUCUCGAUUUUUAAUCAUCAAUUCACAAAUCAAAUUUUAAACCACCACCAUGUCCAUGUCCAUGUUCAUCAUCAUGUGAUCUUCUGUGCAUCUUUUCUGCAAAUAUACAUACACAUAUUACAUAUACAUAUACAUAUACCCCCAAGAACUCAACUUUCUCCUGUUUUUUUCCACCCCCAUUAUUAUCUUCCACACUUGUUCUUCUCAACCAAACCCCACCUGCCCUCUCCUCUCUUUUUUCCCAUCUCACCAAUUUUAGCCUUGUAUAUUUUUGCAUAUCAUCUUCAUCUGUGUUUGAGUAUGGCUUAUCAGGCAGGUCCUAGUUCAGGAUCCAGUUCCAGCUCAGGGUUUCAGUACUUGAAUUCUCCUUUUGGGGAUACCACUCUCACCAAGGUCUUUGUGGGAGGCCUUGCUUGGGAGACCAAGAGUGAGACUAUGCGCAAUUACUUCGAGCAGUUUGGGGAAAUUCUUGAGGCUGUUGUUAUCAAUGAUAAGAAUACUGGGAGAUCCAAGGGCUAUGGUUUUGUGACUUUCCGGGACCCUGAAUCUGCUAAGAGAGCGUGCGUUGAUCCGAGUCCAGUUAUUGACAGUAGACGAGCAAACUGUAAUUUGGCUUCACUUGGACGACCUCGGCCUGCUCUUCCUAUUGUCGUAGGACGCUAUAGAUCACCAUCACCUUACUCUGGAGGUAUGCCAGCUUCUCGUGGAGCAUAUGUUGGAAAUUUUGGCUACCAACAACCAUAUUCCUAUAGCCUUCAGCAAGGGUACACAUAUCCACAAUAUGGUUAUGCGACAUAUGGUUCAGAGUACGUCUAUCCACAGGGUGUUUACAAUCCUUAUGCUGGUCAGCAGUACCUUCAAAUGUAUGGGGUACCUGGAACAGUUAAUGCAGCUAUGUAUCCGUACCUUGUUGGUCAAAAUGUUACUGGUGGCCAUGGUUAUUCAACAAUGCAGGGUUAUGCAUUGCCUGGUAACCAAAUUGUGCAGUUAGGUGGACCCACUGUCAAUUCAAUCACAACAUCAUCUAUUCAAACAUUUCAAGGUGUGGUUUCGCCUGUUCCAGCACGACCACAGAUAAUUAUUCCUGUUCAUUCGCCUCAAUACAUACAAAGUGGCAGUUCGGACCAAAAUGCUGGUUGAGGGGAUCCUAAGGUUUCAUUGGAUUGCAGCAGGACCAAGAGCAACAGUACUUCCGCUUAAGUGGCAGACUUAAAUUCUUGCCUUGCAAACUAUUCAAUUUGUAUUCUAGAGGUCAUAUGUUUCAUGGUCACGUAGAAAUCAUGUCUUGCUCCCAAUGGUGGGGGAAGGAACAUGAAAAUGGCCACUGCUCUUCCGUCAAGUUGAGUAUCUGAACCCUCAUAUUCUGCCAGUGGUAUGGAUGACUGGUAGACUUUCACAGAUUAAUGGUCAGUGGAUGCUAGAAUAGGUUUCUGGCACCUUUGUCAGUACAGAGAAUAAGCUAGAAUCAACAUAUGAUUCUCGUAUGAUCUUCACCUAGCAUUUGGGUGUAUAGAUUGUUCUGGUCUUCCCAUACUCCUUGGUGGAUAUAAUGGUUGGAAACAGUAAUUGUUAGGAACUCAUUCUGCAGUCGGAAGUUCAAUGUUUGCAUUCAGAGCCUAAACAAGGCAUGUUAAAGGUCAAGACUGAAUAUUGAAUUUCGGUCUAUUUUGUGUACUGAAUCUUUGGUUUGGUUGGUUGUGAACUAUAUGUGAGGGACAACUGUAGGUAUUGUCAUUGUUUCAUUCUAUGUACAUGGGAACCUUGUAAUUAAAUUGAACAUUUUUAGUCUCGGUAUGAAAUUGAACUUUGUGUC